UUGAAAUGUCAAAUAGAAAGAUCGUGCAUUGGAUUCCCGAAAAUUUGCAUUUUGUUCACUAUUUCUGAAAUAAUUUCAUUUUUUUGCGUGAAUAUGUAAUCAAUACCUAUAUUGUUUUAUACUUACCCGUUUGAGUGACGUGUUUAAGUGUUUUUAUUUACGAAUAUAAGGAGCGGACUUUUUGCCGCUCGUCAUUAUUGAAAAUGGCAAAAUCACAAAUAAACACAAAAUCAAAGAACUAUUUGAAGGAUAGAGACGUUUUUCUAAAGGAAUUAAAGCAAUUUAAUGAGAGUAAAAACAUACCCAUCAGACCGCCAGUGGUAAAUGGUAUUGAAAUUGAUCUCUACCAUUUUUACACUUUGGUCCAGCAGCGAGGUGGUAUAUGGAAGGUGAACCUAAAUGACACUUGGGAGACAUUUUUAAAACCACUGAAACUUCCGCAUCCUUGCAUCAAUGGUUCUACGUUAUUGAGAAGGAUAUAUACAACCUAUUUGGAGAAAUAUGAACGUGCGAAAGGGCCGCCAGGCAGAGAUGACGACAAUGACCUCGACGAGGACCCGAGGCGCGGGCGUGGCGGUGGAAUGCCCAGAAUUACCUUUGGUGGUGGUACAUAUAUUUCAGCAUCAGGCGAAGCGCUACGUUCGGGUAAUCGUGCAGCAGCGCCAUACGAAAGAUUGGCUCUUUCACUGCUCUCUCCGAUGCCCAACGAACAAGACUUUGCGGUUAAUGUGUGUACAGUGCUCGCUGCUGACGAUUCCAACAGGCUGCCUCUUGGCACCACACCGCAUAUAUUGGACUUUUUGCUAGCUCAUGCUGGUGUUUAUAAUCACUCAAGUCUACGUGACACGAUAGGCCGUUCUUACGCCGAAGCUCGCGGUUGCUUCCCCGAUGAGUUCUGGCAGAAGCGUGCAGGAGGAGGUGGUGCUAGGGAACUGGCAGACGAGACCAAAUUCAUGCAGCCAGGAGUGGAGCAGCCCGACUUGGUGGUACAGGCGCUUGCUGCUCAGCACUCGUUGGCCGACUGUCUCGCAGGAAAUGAUGACGAUGAUCGGUCACUUAGUGAUAAACUUGUUGAAGAGGAGGUGUUAGAAGAUUGGGUGACGGAACCAUCUGAGGAAAACCAGCUGUUUGCUCCAGAAUUUCCCGGUGGAGCCUCGUGCGUGUUCACUCAGAGGGUCAUACAGAUCGCGUCUAUAGUCAGGUCACUCUCCUUCCACGAGGAGAAUGUGCAGUAUCUUGCCAAGAACACGACACUUAUUAGGUUUUUGCUCCUCUGUGCAAAUUGUUGGGUUGGCUCACUACGGCAGUCUGGAUUGGAUACACUUGGGAAUGUAGCUGCAGAGCUUAUUAUAAAGGAGCCGGCGACGUGCCUGAUCUCGCGGCACGUGCUGUCGACGGUGCAGGCGGCGCUGGUGUGCGCGGACCGCGCGCGCGUGCUGGCGGCGCUGGAGCUGCUCAACAAGCUCGCGCAGAACGAGGCCAACGAGGACGCGCUGCUCAAGGCGCUGGAGGCCAAGGUGUACGCGGACGUGUGCGCGCUGCUGACAAUGCGCGACAUCAUGGUGGUGGUGUGCACGCUGGAGUGCGUGUACGCGCUGACGUCGCUGGGCGACCGCGCGAGCGAGGCGGUGGCGCGCGUGCCCGGCCUCGUCAACACGCUCGUCGCGCUCGUCACCGUCGAGGCUCAGAGCUACGGGCCCCGCGCGUGCAUACUGAUGCGUGUAGUGGAGACGGUCAGCGGGCCGCAGCCCGAGCGAGAGCAGGAGCAGAAACCGACGCACCCUCAUCUACAGAGCCAGACGCCAGUGAAGCAGCCGCCGGAGCAGGUGCAGACGAUGACGUCGGUGCCGCCCGUCACCACCACCAGCGCCACCGUCACCACGCCCGCGCCCGUCACCACGCUGCAACAGUCGCACAUGCAACAGAGGACUGUGCAGGAGAACGAGCACUUUGCGCAAGCGUGGCUGCGGUCGAGCUACGAGCCGCUGCCGCCGGCCGACAACAGCGCGUGCGACGCCGCCGAGCUGUACCGCCAGUACCUCGCCUGCUGCUCCAAGCUGCAGAGGAAGGGCGUCAUUGCGCCCGCGCACUUCCCGAGACUCGUCAGGACGGUAUUUGGCGGUACAGUCGGCCCGAAUACAAUCACUACGCCGGCGGGAGAGAGUCAACAGGUGUAUAUCGGGAUCAGAUCGAGAAAUAUACAGAAUAGAACGCCGCCGCCUGCGGGACCGUCAUCCCCGAUACUGAAAGCUCAGUUGACGAACAAACCAUCUGUAGAAGUGAAACCGCCAGUCUCGCAAGCGCAGUCGGUGCAUCAGGCGUCGUCUGCGCCUGCGCAUCCGCAGUUGUCGCAGGCUCUGGAGGCGGGUAGUGGGGGUGGCGCGGGGGUGGGGGGUGUCCCGGGGGUGUCGGGGGCGGCGGGGGGCAACAACACGUCCCUCAUCAAGCACCUACUGGCGCACAAAGUAAGCCCCGCCCCGCACGCGCAAGUCGCUCAACGACAGCAAAAUCAACACAGAGGCCCGGCGCCACCCAGCACGGUCGUGGUACCGUCAAAUCAGCAGCAGGCUAUGGACGUGGAUCCGGAAACUCUGAUCAAAUGCACGACGAUCACGCCCGGCGGUGUAGCGAGUAGCACGCCCGCUGUCCCAGAGAAGGCUACAAAUCCCACCGAAGAGGUGAUAGUCCCGAAAGAAGAUCCGGUACAGAUACAAAUGGACGAACAGGCUCAGUUGACAAUAAAAACAGCGCAAAAUAAAAUGCUCGCUGAUCUACUGGAGAAAAAAUCAAACCCACCAGUGCAAGUGGUACAGAUGGCCCAGCAAAUCAACGCGCCCACGAUACAAAUAACUGAGACGGGUCAAAUAGUUCAAGUCAAAACAGACGCGACACCGAUCAUACAGAUAUCAGACUCCGGUCUAGUGACGCAAGGCAACCAGUAUUUUCAAAUAAAGAACGAGCAGGGACAACUCAUUCAGAUAAAGAACGAACAAGGUCAAAUCAUUCAGUUGAAGAGUGACCAACUGCCGCCACAGUUGAUACAGUUCAAGAACGAACAGGGUCAGUUGGUUCAGAUGAAGAACGAAGGGCCGUUGUUGCCGGCGUUGGUUCCGACGAAGAAUGAGAAGGAUCAGAUGGUCGAUACGGUUGUGACGGACCAUUCGUAUACAGAACCGCCUGCUAAGAAAGUGAAAGUGGAGGAUAAGAGAGAGCUGUUUCAGUGCCUGUCGCCGCAAGAGGCCGUGUCCAAGACCGCUGCCAAUCUGUACGCGGCGCUAGCGGCCUCCGCGGUACAAGACGAAGAGGAUUUGAUGCCACCGAAGCAAGAUUCGGUGGAAGCAAUACAGCCUUCAGUUUUAAUGGCAGGUCCUGGCGACAACGCGUCUGUUAUUUUACCAGAAUCGAUUUUGCAGGUACAACAAGCGGGAAUACAAGUACAGCAACCAACGUUACAAGUACAACAGCCAACGUUACAAGUCCAACAACCUACUUUACAAGUCCAAGCCUCUGCAAUCCAGGUACAACAACCAUUGCAAGUCCAACAGCCAAUGUUACAAGUACAGCCCAUGGAUGUACAAAACAUUAUCGCUUCACAAUCGGGACAGCUUAUAUUGCAAGAGAAGACAAUAGCUACCCAGCCGACGCAGUAUGUACAACAACCGAUGCAGAUUAUUGCAACGCCGAGCACCUCUCAAGGUUUGAGCUACAUAGCGCAGAAUUUGCCUGGUAAUAUGAUGCAGAAAACUAUAAUAAUAGUUCAAGGACCAACUGGCGGUGGACCCUUAACACUGACGGUGAACAACCCAGGCGGGCUGGAUGAGGCGACGUUAAACAGUCUUAUUGCUCAGGCAACAGAGGCGAUAACGCAACAGCAAAUUAUACAGAACACCGGCGUGAUACAAUCGGCACAGAGGGUGAUUGUAAGUCAGCCCGCGCUAGUGAGCACGUCGCAACCGAUCGCUGUGGUCAAAACGGCCAUUGCUCAGAAUACGCCGCAGAUAACGCCAAGUCAGCAACCAAUAAUAACAACGCAACCGCAGCCGCACAAAGCGCAACUUGUCAACCAACCGCAAGCCCAACAAAUUGUCGUCCAAAAACAACCGCCAACACUCAUUAGUACGUCGUCUAGCAACCAACUGAUGCAGAGCACCCCGCAGUUAAUACAAAGCACACCGCAACUAAUACAAGGAAAUCAACAAAUAUUGCAGUCAAAUCAACAAUUGUUACAGACGACUCCGCCCUUGUUACAGUCAAAUCAGCCACUAUUACAGGGUAAUCAACAGCUGUUACAGGCUAAUCAACAGUUGAUACAGGGUAGCCAGCAACUGAUACAAGGUAGCCAGCAAAUUAUCGCCGUGUCGAACAACCAGCAGAUAAUAAUGAAUGCGCCGUUGAAGCAGAACGUUCAUAGAGUUGUGCAGCCGCCGAGGAGUCAGACCCCUGUUGCUGCAAGUACGGUCAGCCAAGCGUCGGUGGCUCAGAGUGAACCCAAAAACACUGUCAUACAGAGUAUAGCGAAAACUCAACCGGUGUUGCGUCAAGUGAUCACACGCCAGCCGGUGAUGGUUGGCAACACAAAGAUCGGUGAUAAGGAACUGGUCGUCACUCAGCCGACCGCUGGACCAGAGAAGCCACCGACGCCAAAGCCUCCAAAGCCGACGGUGACGCCGCCGCCGCAGAUGUCACAAACUCCUACGCCGACGCCUGCGCAAGCGCCGGCGCACGAUGACACUCCCUGGAUAUGUCACUGGAGGGGAUGCGGCAAGUCGUUCAACAACGCGAGUGAGGUGUGGUCCCACUGCGCGCGGCGGCACGCGCCGGGCGGCGCGGGCGGCGAGGCGCCGUGCCUGUGGCUCGACUGCGACCGCGUGCCCAGGCGCACCUUCGCGCUGCUCAACCACCUCUCCGACAAGCACUGCACGCCGCAGGCGCUAAAAGCGAUCCACAACUCGCGGCGUCGCGCGGCGCCGGACACGGAGGGCAACAAGCCCGUGUCGCUGGGGUACCCGCCCAACGCGGCGCUGGCGGCGCUCAACAAACACGCCGCCGACAUGUUCAACCCGCGGGAGCUCAUGCACAGGGCAGAAAAGAGUCGCACGCCGGAACAAUUGGAUGAAAACGAAGGCCCUGUAACGAAAAGUAUAAGAUUGACGGCAGCGCUGAUCCUUAGGAAUAUGGUCAUAUACUCUAAUACUGGGCGAAGACAACUACGCUCUCACGAAGCGCACCUGUCGACGAUAGCGUUAAGCAGCGUAGAAGCGUCUCGAACGAUUGCGCAAGUGUUGUACGACAUGGACCACAUAUGAGAUUCGAACCCCGGGCAUCGGCCCGACCAUGGUUGACGACCACCAGCCCGGGAGGGGCAGCCCUCCUCCCAUUAAAUAUAUUUAUAGUUGAAAUGCCGCUCGAGCCAAGUGCCUCCUUCGAAUGUGAAUCAAUCUUCGAGAAUAACCCUUUUCCUGGGAGGAAAGUGAAUGAAUUACACCAACCUCUUCCCCUCUCCUCUUCAUCCUAAAUAAUUUCUACAACACAAGAAAAUUCUUUAGGGAAUGUACUUAUAUCUUGACUAUUAUUUUAUUAAUUUUUUUGACUAUACCUAUCUGUUUUCGAGUAUCUAAAUGGUAAUUUUGACAUUGCGUUAAUUAAUUAAACCAUAUAUGUAACUUUUCUUGAAAAUACCAUAAGUUAUUCUAUCAAAGGAUGUAAAAUACAAAAGUGUAAGUUUCGAACAAAUAAAUAUUAAAUAUAAAAUACGUGUCCUAAGGCCAUUGGUAAUGGCUAAACGAAUACAAAUCUGGCAACAUCAUAUUUUCAGAUAGAAACACUUACACACUCACCAUAUUGGCACUGAAUUACUAAAUGAUCAAAAAAUCAGAAAAGUAAGACCGGAUUUUUUGGCGAAAAUAUAUGUUAUUUAUGGAUGGAUUAUUUUUGGCACAAUGUUAGCCGAAGCAGAUAAUAUGUGGUUUCAUUUAGUAACGUAAUGUAUAAAUGACCCUGUACAGAGGUAUUUAUAGGUUUUUCGGAAAACUUAAGUUUCUUAAAAGCUUUGAUCUUGUCAAUAUCUAUAAUAUAUAGUUCUACCAAUAUAUAGUUUAAAUCCUAUCUCGAUGUUAUAUUUGAUAGUAAUUAGUGCAUUUUGUUGAAUGAUUUCAUAAAUUUCGUUCUAAUUUUGAUAUUGCCUCGUAACUCGAGUGUAAAAAAUCUUUGUAAAAUAAAUUAAGCCAUGUAUUUGAUAGGCAAGGAAUGACUGAAUGAUGCGCAACAUGUGACAAACUGUGUAAGACAACGUUGCACAACAUGAAUGUUAUCAUUAAUGUUAUAGAUACAUCAAUUAGGCAUAAUUUUCACAUUAAUUCAUAACGUGUUCCUGCAACGUUGCUCAACAUGUUGCGCGUCAUGUGUCGCGCCGUUUUGUUGUCAAUGACACGAGGCAUACACUUACUAACGAUAUAAUAAUAAGUGAAGGAGAUAUGCGAAUCUAUUUUGUUAUAAGUGUAAUUGUAAUCGUCGGUACGUUCCUACUGACCUAAGGCUUAGCUAUAUUUAAAUGCCUGUUUUAACUGCCUCCUAAAUUUAAGGGACGCCCAAUGUGAAGAUGGUGCAACGUCGGAAUAUUUUCGACGUGUAUCCGGUGUUAUGGGUCACCAAAAACAAGGGAAGAUAGAAAAUUAGUUUAAUAGGAUAAAUAAUUUUUCAAAUGAACUUUUAUGACAAUGAAACAUAUUUUUUUUAUGCUGACGACAUAUUUAAAUAGGGGUUUUGUUUGAAUUUUCUGCCCGUGAUGUAAUUAAGAACUGAAUAGGGCUUCGCGACACUAAGAUUAGACAGACGUCAAUUUAUGAUCUAGUAAUGUUAUUUAUUUAAAUUAAAUGUACUUUAAAACCGCACUUUAUUCGCUAUAGCAUAGAAUAUGUAAUACAAUACAAAAGUUGCACUGAUUUUGAGGAAUGCUGUCGUUUUCUUUGUUUUAGUUUGGUGAGGCCCUUAUUAUUGAAUGAAAAUUGUUUAUUAGAUAAAUUUUCUUCAUUUACCUGUAGAAUACGAUCUACUGCAACAUAAAUGAAAUAUUUCGAUAAAAUGAAUAUGACUACACUUUCAAGUGAAAGGGAAAAUAUUUUUAUUAUAUAGAUGUGUAAAAAACGUUUUUUUGCAUUGAAAUUCUCACUAACAAGGUGAUAUUACGUGCAGUGGCAUAAUGCCGUAAAAUUAUAGCGAUUACAAAAUUAUGUCGUCUGGUUAAUAUUGUUAUUCGAUUGUUUCGAUUUAAAAUCAUUGUAUUAUAAGUCUGAAUCGAUUUUUGAUUUGUUUACCGCCGUUUUUAUUAUCGAUCCAGUAAAGUUUCAAUCCAUUGUGAAAAUCGACCAAUCAGAAGUCUGUUUGACAUUUAUAUGAUAUUGUUUACGUAAUGAUUUCUUAUGUUUACGCGAAUGUUGGACAUCGAAAUAAUACUAGUUUCCGGAUUUUUCGAGGUUUUUUUUUCCGGACGUUUCGAAGACGUUGCAGCCUUCAUGCAAAAUAAAACUAGUUUUUGGAUUUUAUCAGAGAUUUUUAUAUUUUUUUCUGGACGUUUCGAAGACUGCAAUCUUCAUGGUCAUGGUGUGAGGUGGAAAUCGUCAGAAAAGUCAACGUUACAAUAUCCCAUACAUUUUAUAAUUAUAAAAAAACCGCGAUUAAAUCCAAAAAAAUGUUUUAUGGCAAUACUUACAAACGAUUUAUUGUAAUUGGUUUAUUUUUGGGAUAGGAUCGAAUUAGAUACGGAUCUUUAAUGAAAAUGGCGGUUAGAGCUAAGUGUAAGUUAGAUUUAUUAAUACUGAAUGUAUACAUAAGUAUUAUUUUUUGUAAUGUGAUGCAUACGGGAUGUGUAUAGAGUAGUUUCGGCGCGCAAGUCUGUAAACAAAUUAGAUGUAAGAUGACUGGAAUAAAUGACUUGACAUUUU